GAUCCAAGCUAUGCAAAACAUUCUGCCAACUGUGCGAUAUCUCCACGCUCUCGAAUUCUUGCCGCAGUCUCAUUUCUUAGUGGACCGGAGUAAAUGCUGCACAAUGCUAGUUCGGCAUAUAGUCAUAUAUAUUGUAUUGCCCAGUUUUGUGUUGGCACAAGUUUGUUUCAGAACGGAUCUUAAAAAGGUUAAAGACAAAACCAUAAAUGUAAAAGUAAAGUAUUGCUGCAAGGGCUAUAAACGUCUGACAGGCAACAUUUUUAGGUGUGUGCCGCAAUGUCGACAGAAUUGUGGCAGCGGCAUAUGCUCAAAACCAAAUACAUGCAGCUGUAAUAGGGGCUAUGAGAAUCUCAACCAUUUGCCAUUCAAUCGUUGCGUGCCCCAAUGCAAGGGCGGCUGCACGAAUGGCCGUUGCAUAUCGCCCGGUAGGUGCAUCUGCGCCAACGGCUACAAAAUCGAUGCGGCAACCGGACAUUGUCUGCCAAUCUGCAGCAGCGGCUGUGCCAAUGGCCUCUGCAAAUCACCAGAAAACUGCGUCUGCAAUAAGGACUACACCUUAAAUGUCAAUACUAAGAUAUGCCAACCCGAUUGCAAGCCUGGUUUCCAGCUGAACGAGACCUCAAACGCUUGCCAUCCAAUAUGUAGCAAAGGCUGCGAUAACGGAAUCUGUCGUGCCCCGGAAACUUGUGAAUGCAAAAUGGAUUAUCAGAAAGGUCCCGAUAACAGCUGCUUGCCCAUAUGUAAAAACGAUUGCCUAAACGGGAAAUGCACGGCCCCAGGAUUAUGUGAAUGUCUCGCAGGACACGUGAAAAUAAGUGAUUCUAUGUGUUUGCCGGACUGCAAAAAUGGCUGUAUGAACGGAUUCUGUAGUGCGCCAGACGUGUGUACCUGUAAUAGUGGUUACACAAAUGAGAGUGGGAACAAAUGUCAGCCGGUAUGUGAAAACGGAUGUGCGAACGGAUUCUGUAAUGCACCAGGGCAAUGCACUUGUGAUAAAGGUUACAGCAAAGUCACCGAGAACAGUUGUGCACCAGUGUGCAAAGACGGGUGUGAGAACGGACUCUGUAGUGCGCCAGAGGAAUGUACUUGUCAUCAAGGAUAUUCUUCAGUGAGUGCGAACAGUUGUGCACCUGUGUGCAACGACGGAUGUGAGAACGGAUAUUGCAGUGCGCCAGGCGAAUGCACUUGUGACGAAGGCUACAGUAAAGUCAGUGAGAACAGAUGUGCACCUGUGUGCAAGAACGGAUGUGAGAACGGAUUCUGUAGUGCGCCAGAUGAAUGCGUUUGUUACGAAGGCUACAAUAAGGUCAGUGAGAACAGUUGUGCACCAGUGUGCAAAGAUGGAUGUGAGAACGGAUUCUGUAGUGCGCCAGGGGAAUGCACUUGUAAGGAAGGCUACAGUACAGUCAGUAAGAACAGUUGUGCACCUGUGUGCAACGACGGAUGUGAGAACGGAUUCUGUAGUGCGCCAGGGGAAUGUACUUGUCAUCAAGGAUAUUCUUCAGUGAGUGCGAACAGUUGUGCACCUGUCUGCAACGACGGAUGUGAGAACGGAUAUUGCAGUGCGCCAGGUGAAUGCACUUGUGACGAAGGCUACAGUAAAGUCAGUGAGAACAGAUGUGCACCUGUGUGCAAGAACGGAUGUGAGAACGGAUUCUGUAGUGCGCCAGAUGAAUGCGUUUGUUACGAAGGCUACAAUAAGGUCAGUGAGAAGAGUUGUGCACCAGUGUGCAACGAUGGUUGUGAGAACGGAUUCUGUAGUGCGCCAGGUGAAUGCACGUGUGACGAAGGCUACAGUAAAGUCAGUGAGAACAGAUGUGAACCAGUGUGCAUCGAAGGAUGUGAGAACGGAUAUUGCAGUGCGCCAGGUGAAUGCACGUGUGACGAAGGCUACAGUAAAAUCAGUGAGAACAGAUGUGAACCAGUGUGCAACGAAGGAUGUAAGAACGGAUUCUGUAGUGCGCCAGGGGAAUGUACUUGUCAUCAAGGAUAUUCUUCAGUGAGUGCGAACAGUUGUACACCUGUGUGCAACGAUGGUUGUGAGAACGGAUUCUGUAGUGCGCCAGGGGAAUGUACUUGUCAUCAAGGAUAUUCUUCAGUGAGUGCGAACAGUUGUACACCUGUGUGCAACGACGGAUGUGAGAACGGAUAUUGCAGUGCGCCAGGUGAAUGCACUUGUGACGAAGGUUACAGUAAAGUCAGUGAGAACAGAUGUGCACCUGCGUGCAAGAACGGAUGUGAGAACGGAUUCUGUAGUGCGCCAGAUGAAUGCGUUUGUUACGAAGGCUACAAUAAGGUCAGUGAGAAGAGUUGUGCACCAGUGUGCAACGAUGGUUGUGAGAACGGAUUCUGUAGUGCGCCAGGUGAAUGCACGUGUGACGAAGGCUACAGUAAAGUCAGUGAGAACAGAUGUGAACCAGUGUGCAUCGAAGGAUGUGAGAACGGAUAUUGCAGUGCGCCAGGUGAAUGCACGUGUGACGAAGGCUACAAUAAAGUGAGUGAGAACAGAUGUGAACCAGUGUGCAACGAAGUAUGUGAGAACGGAUUAUGUAGUGCGCCAGGGGAAUGCACUUGUAAGGAAGGCUACAGUACAGUCAGUAAGAACAGUUGUGCACCUGUGUGCAACGACGGAUGUGAGAACGGAUUAUGUAGUGCGCCAGGGGAAUGUACUUGUCAUCAAGGAUAUUCUUCAGUGAGUGCGAACAGUUGUGCACCUGUGUGCAGGGACGGAUGUAAGAACGGAUAUUGCAGUGCGCCAGGUGAAUGCACUUGUGACGAAGGCUACAGGAAAGUCAGUGAGAACAGAUGUGCACCUGUGUGCAAGAGCGGAUGUGAAAACGGAUUCUGUAGUGCGCCAGGGGAAUGUACUUGUCAUCAAGGAUAUUCUUCAGUGAGUGUGAACAGUUGUGCACCAGUGUGCCAGGACGGAUGUGAGCACGGAUAUUGCAGUGCGCCAGGUGAAUGCACGUGUGACGAAGGCUACAAUAAAGUGAGUGAGAACAGAUGUGAACCAGUGUGCAACGAAGUAUGUGAGAACGGAUUAUGUAGUGCGCCAGGGGAAUGCACUUGUAAGGAAGGCUACAGUACAGUCAGUAAGAACAGUUGUGCACCAGUGUGCAACGACGGAUGUGAGAACGGAUUCUGUAGUGCGCCAGGGGAAUGUACUUGUCAGCAAGGAUAUUCUUCAGUGAGUGUGAACAGUUGUGCACCAGUGUGCCAGGACGGAUGUGAGCACGGAUAUUGCAGUGCGCCAGGUGAAUGCACUUGUGACGAAGGCUACAGUACAGUCAGUAAGAACAGUUGUGCACCUGUGUGCAACGACGGAUGUGAGAACGGAUAUUGCAGUGUCCCAGGUGAAUGCACUUGUGACGAAGGCUACAGUAAAGUCAGUGAGAACAGAUGUGAACCAGUGUGCAACGAAGUAUGUGAGAACGGAUUAUGUAGUGCGCCAGGGGAAUGCACUUGUAAGGAAGGCUACAGUACAGUCAGUAAGAACAGUUGUGCACCUGUGUGCAACGACGGAUGUGAGAACGGAUUCUGUAGUGCGCCAGGGGAAUGUACUUGUCACCAAGGAUAUUCUUCAGUGAGUGUGAACAGUUGUGCACCAGUAUGCCAGGACGGAUGUGAGCACGGAUAUUGCAGUGCGCCAGGUGAAUGCACGUGUGACGAAGGCUACAAUAAAGUGAGUGAGAAUAGUUGUGCGCCAGUAUGCGAAGACGGGUGUCCCAACGGAUUCUGUGAAUCUCCUAACUGCUGCAGCUGCAAUGAAGGCUACAUAAAGUUUGAAAAUGUUUGCACGCGUCAAUGGGAUGACACAGAAAGAUCAAGUACCGGAGGUCCGACGCAAACGGGAAUAAUGGAUAUUUGUGAGCAACGGUGCUGGAAUGGAACCUGUGUGGAUGGACAAUGCAGCUGUGAGGAAAACUACAGACUGACCGAGGAUCCACGGAAUGCUACAAAAUUUCUUUGCCUACCCGAGUGCGAGGAGGAGUGCGUCCAUGGCUAUUGUGCAUAUCCCGGCGUGUGCGUCUGCUACGAUGGCCAGACGCCACAAGAAGGCGUUGAGUGUCCAAGUUUUAGAGGCACAGAAAAUGCAGGUCGAACAGCCGGCAUGAAUAUUUUCAUCAAAAAUUGGUUAUUUUUGGCCUUAGUGGCCGUGGCUGUGCUGCUGGUGGUGAUCAUAUACGUGAUCAUGUAUGCACUUAGGCAACGGGAUUACAGAGUAGACGAGAAGGAACAAAGAUAUGGCGUUUACUUCUCAGCAAAACAAGCUGAUAUAAUACGUGCCUGAGACCACGUAAUGUGAGUGUUAAUAUUU